AUGUUUUGUUUAAUCUCUUCUUAUUUAAAUAUUUUCCUCUCAAUUUAUUUAUUAUUAAUAUUAAGUCAAAUCACUAUUGAAAUUGAACAGAUAGAAAGUAUUUCAACUCGAAGUACCAGAGCCGAAGGUAUUUUACUUUGUGGAAAAUUACCAAUAAAAGGUGCUUAUAUUCGUCUUUUUAAAAGUAAUUCUGACGAUUUAAAAGAUGUAUUAGCUACAGCAACAACUACUGAUGUUGGGAAAUAUAUAAUUGCGAAAGGUUAUCGUCAAAUAACUUUACGUUAUCCUAGAGAAUAUGUAACCCUUGGACGAGUCCCUCGCCGUCUUUACAAUUUAGGAACAAUGAAUGUUCAAUUAGAAUAUCCGGGUGAAAAAAGAAUUGAUGAAUUAAAAGGAAUUUAA